CCCGUCGCGUCGCGGUCUCGCGGACUCCGGAGGAACCCUCUAGGCCCCGUCUCCGAAAACAGCGGGCGCCAUUCCCGGGCGGAGGCCGGCCCAGAUCCGAGUACGGCGGCGACGGGCGGGAUGACGGGUGGCGGCGCGGCGGCGGCGGCGCAGGCGUACGGCGAGGCCUGGUACUGGGACGAGCGCUACCGCAAGGAGGCCGGGCCCUUCGACUGGUACCAGAAGUACCCGGCCCUCGCGCCGCUGCUCCGCCUCUACGUCGCGCCGCACCAACGCCUUCUCCUCGUCGGGUGCGGCAACUCCGUAUUUGGUGAAAACAUGAUCGAUGAUGGUUAUCAAGAUGUUGUCAACAUCGAUAUAUCUUCUGUGGUAAUUGAGCAAAUGAAGAAGAAAUACCACGAUAAGCCUCAACUUAAAUACAUGAAGAUGGAUGUAAAGAACAUGUCAGAUUUUGGGUCUGGUUCAUUUGAUGCUGUUAUUGACAAAGGAACACUAGAUUCUCUCAUGUGUGGCCAAAAUUCCCAAGAGAAUGCAACGAAGAUGCUAGAGGAGGUGAACAGAAUCCUCAAGGAAAAUGGUGUCUACAUGCUGAUCACUUAUGGGGAUCCAAGUUACCGCUUGCGUCUCUUGAAGGACAUGGAAAAUUGGACAGUAAAGCUCCAUGUCAUAGAAAGAUGGGAGAAAAGCUCAAACCAGAAUAAAUGGGAACUGACAAAACCAUUGCCUUUAGAUGACGAUAGCACAUCACUAGUUGCACUUCUUGGCCCGAAACCUGAUGUCCACUACAUCUAUGUCUGUGUAAAGGGCAACGGUGGCGCAAGUGCGGGUUCUAAAGUUGGAGAAGCUGCCAAUUGAUUUCUCCUAUAACCCAUCUGAACCGACGUGCGUAACCAGUGUAGCAAAUAAUGUAGAGCUAGAACAGAUGAUGUACCUCAAAUCGUUGUUGCUUCAUUGAAUAAUAAUAACCAGUGUGUGAAUAAUGUAGAACAGAUGUUGUACCUCUAAUUGUCGUUGUUUCAGUGUUUCCCUAAUUCGAUUGACGCUCAGUGAUGUUGUACUUGUA